AUGAAUGAGGAAUUACUUUUAAAAACUGCGCUUAAGAUGACAAGCUCCAAGCUUCAGUUCAAGAUUGGCAAAAUGAAGUCAAUUAACAAAGCCAUUCUUUUUCAGCUAUCCAAGGAUCUAAGAGCACUCAACAAAACUGGUGGAACUCAAUUUGAUCGAGAAUUGAUGCUAACGAAGGUGAAGAUUGCCAAAGUAGUGAAUGAUGACAAAAUGAUUGACUUGUUGGAAAUAUUGGUAGUUGAUUGUGAAGUACUUCAUUCGAAACUACGUCAACUUCUCUGCAAGUCCGAUGAUGAAGGUAUUGUUAAACUUGUGCGCGAGCUGAUAUAUGUGAGCUCAUACGUCAACAUAAAGGAAUACAAAAAACUUGUGGCUUUGUUGGCUCACAAGUACGGAAAGGAAUUCUACGAAAAUGCGCUAAAUCAUCCCGAUAACCCAGACAUAAUCCAUAAAUGCAACGAUAACAACGUUGAUUCCCUGGUGGAAAAGUACCUGCAAGAAAUAUGUGAUUGCUAUGGGAUUGACUUGAGGAACGAAAAGCAGGGCUCCAGCACGUCAGAUGACAAAAAGGCUGACUCGACAACGAAAAAUCAAGAUGAUUUGGAUGAUCUGAGAAGACGAUUUAACUCGCUGAGAAAGUAG